AUGACAAGGGUAUUUCCUGUUUGGUUGAAGUAUGUGCCUGGCAUCGGCUUCAGAACAGAUAAUGAACCUUUCAAGUGGCAAUGCAGGGGUUCACCCAAAAAAAUUGUCCAAAUGAUGAAGAAUGAAAAGUUAUUCGAGUCUCAAGGUGGCCCUAUCAUCCUCUCCCUGAUUGAGAAUGAGUAUGGGCCAGAAAGCAAGGCAUACGGUGCAGCUGGUUAUGCCUACAUGACUUGGGCUGCAAAAAAUGGCUGCUGA